GGAUAAUUAGUAGGAGGCGAGAUUUUCUGUAACUGACAGCGACACUCUGACCACUCAGUAAAGGACUUCCGUCACUCCUGGCGCACGAGCUUGUGGUCAUGUGAUCCUCAGCCAUUGAGAGCGGCGCGGUUGCUACUGACUGUCUAGGCACCGCCUUACCUGUUGCUAAGGGGCGUGGAAACGGAAGUCGAGCUUGCCGGGGUCAGAGGCCGGCUGUGUUGAUGUUGACACUAGGCCGGGCCCUCAGACGGGCCAUAGCAGACGCCGCUGUCAGGAAAGGCCUGAACGCCAUAGAAGGGACCGGAAAGAGACAGAAUUGGCCGGUUUCGGCUGCUCAGGACUGCUGCUUUCCUCUCGGGCAUCUCUAAGGAUUGAUUGAUUGAUUCGCCCUCUUUCGUCUCCCCGCUGAGCUAUGGUGGUGGGGAAAGCAAUAUCUUGUGAUUGAUCCUGUCAUCCGGGCAUUUGCCUUCCCCUUCCCCUUUUACCCUUUCUAAAGGAGUGAUUAUCAUCCCCUUUAGCUCCUCACCUGCUUAUCUGCUCCCCCCACCCUGCUUUUCUCCUUAACCCUCUUCAUCCGGGUACCGGCUUCUCUCUUGGCCCUCUUCAUCCGGGUACCUGCUUCUCUCUGGGCCCUCUUCAUCCAGGUCCCUCUUCGCCCAGCUCUCUACUCUUCGCCUGCCGGUUAGGGUGCUCUUCCUUCAGUUUCCUUCCCCUCCCCCUCCCCCUCGGACUUGACCCACAUCACCCCUUCCAUACGGGCACUUUCCAAACCCACCUUGCCCGUCUGGGUAGCUAUUUCUUAGCCUCUUCAUCCGGGCACUUGCCCACCUGUGCUCCCCCAGAGGCCGCCUUCCUCCUCCCCCCCCCACCCUGUCGUCUCCUCCUCCCGCCUGUGCCCGCUUCUGCCAUGACUAUCCUGCCUAAGAAGAAGCCCUGCCCGGCAGCAGGGGACGGGGACAGGGACCAACCCGGCUCUCGAGGGGGAGGCCCGGGCGGCCCAGGAGGCCCGGGCGGCGUCGGGGGCUCGGAUCCCCGGGGCUGCUCCGGAGCCGACUCCCACCCGCGAGGCCCCGGCGGAGGCGUCGGAGGAGGGGUCGGCCCCGGUGACCCGCACUCAGGCCGCGGCGGAGCUCGUACCCGGGCCUCGCCUCCUCCCCCGCCGCCCCGCUGGGGGCUGCCCCCCGCCGGGUCCCCUCCGCCGCCGAACCCCGGGGUCGGAGCUGGUGGCGAUGGUCCCGGCCUCGGCCUGCUGGACCCCGGGGUGGGCGAGGCUCGGGGCGGGGUCGGGGGCGGCUGCUGCUCCGGGCCUGGCCACAGCAAGAGGCGGCGGCAGGGGGGGCCCGGCGGGGGCCUCGGGGCGGCGGUGCCCGGCGGAGGGGGAGGCAACAGCCCUGAGCAAGAUGAGGCCGGCGCCGGCUACAACAGCGAGGACGAGUACGAGACGGCGGCGGCCCGCAUCGAGAGCAUGGACCCGGCCACCGUGGAGCAGCAGGAACACAGGUUCGAGAAGGCGCUGAGAGAGAAGAAAGGGUUCAUCAUAAAACAGAUGAAGGAAGACGGGGCCUGCUUGUUCCGGGCUGUGGCUGACCAGGUAUAUGGUGACCAAGACAUGCACGAAGUUGUUAGGAAGCACUGUAUGGAUUACUUGAUGAAGAAUGCGGAUUACUUCUCCAAUUACGUGACAGAAGACUUCACCACUUACAUCAACCGGAAGCGGAAAAACAACUGUCAUGGCAACCACAUUGAGAUGCAGGCUAUGGCAGAGAUGUACAACCGACCUGUGGAGGUCUACCAAUAUGGCACAGAGCCCAUCAACACUUUCCAUGGCAUUCAUCAGAAUGAGGAUGAACCCAUCCGGGUUAGCUAUCACCGCAACAUACAUUACAACUCCGUGGUGAACCCCAACAAAGCUACCAUUGGGGUGGGACUGGGGCUACCCUCCUUCAAGCCAGGGUAUGCAGAGCAGUCUUUGAUGAAGAAUGCAAUCAAGACGUCUGAGGAGUCGUGGAUCGAGCAGCAGAUGCUGGAGGAUAAGAAGCGAGCAACUGACUGGGAGGCAACCAACGAGGCCAUUGAAGAGCAGGUUGCCAGGGAGUCUUAUUUACAGUGGCUGCGUGACCAGGAAAAGCAGGCCAGACAGCCCCGGAAAGCAAGUGCGACUUGCAGCUCUGCCACAGCAGCCUCAGCCAGUGGCUUGGAAGAAUGGAGCGGCCGUUCUCCUCGCCAGCGCAGCUCGGCGUCUUCCCCGGAGCACCCGGACCUCCACAACGAGCUGAAUGCUGCCAAGCCGCCUUCCCCUGGCAGCACCACCGCCCUCGCCCUGGCCAAACCCCCCUCGCCGUGUGCUCCCGGUACAAGCAGCCAGCUUUCGGCAGGUGGUGGCCGAGCAACCCCUCCCUUAGUGUCAUUGUAUCCAGCCCUAGAGUGUCGGGCAAUCAUGCAACAGAUGUCGCCCACGGCAUUUGGCCUGAGUGACUGGGAUGACGACGAGAUCCUGGCUUCAGUGCUGGCAGUGUCGCAACAGGAGUACUUGGAAAGCAUGAAAAAGAGUGCCCUGCACAGAGACAGUGGUUCCGACAAGAGUUGAUAACUCGCUUAUGGCCCCGGUGCUCACCUGACACCCCUUAGGUGCAUGUUUUGGCAGGAAGGAUGAUAAUACCUGGGACCCCUCCCCUCCUCCACUGCUGCUGAUCACCACUCCUUUGGCUGCCCUGGGCUCCCCAUUUUGCUCUCUGCGUCCGACCCCUGGUGUGUUGGGAGAGGAGCAAGAGAGGGACAGGACCUUCUCUACAAGGAGCUGGAACACGCACAAACUGGGGCAUGCUGGGCUUCCCCCUUCAUCAGCCGUUCCUUCAUUAUUAAAAGAAAUAAUUGAUCUGGUCCUAAGUGAGGCCUCCCCGCUUUGGGAUUGGAGAGGGGAGGGGAGAGUUGGGGUAUGGGGAGGUGGAAGAAGGUUGGCUGGAGGGCAGCCGAGAGACGCUUGGCUUCUGCUGCAGGAGCUGAGGGCAGCUGUGGGGCCUGCUGCCUCUUCUUCUGGACGCUGGGACAUAGACAUGGGGAAAGGGCUGGCAGGGUGCUGCCUCCUGCUUUUUACACUCGAGUCCUUCCUCCGAGUGGACGGGGGAUUUCCGGGCCCUGCCCCUGCAGCCAUUGACAUGACUCCGCCCUCCUUGCCAAGGAACAGCUCUGCCUCUGCUCUGCAGUCAGUAGUGCCACCUGAACUGCUGGGUUGUCUUCCUCCAUGCAGUAGCCGCUCGGUCCCUUUCCAUCUGCGUGCGAUUCCCUGUGGGUUCCCUGGUGGCCCCUGACCUUUCCAGCUCUGUGCUCUCCCUGGUACCAUAACUGUGGUUGUUGGCCUUUUCUCUCUCUCACUCACUCUCUCUCUCUCCUGCUGCUGCUGCUGCUGCUGCCGCUGCCUCUCCUGUUCUCCCUGUGCCUUUGAGCAAGGGGAGACUACUCGCUCUUCACUCUCAGUAGGUCAGGAAUGGGUCUGAGCGUUAGUAGCUUAAUGCCAAGAUGCUCUUGGUAACAGAAUGGACGCUGACAAAGAUUGAAAGAUGGAGACUGCCACGACAGUGGUGGGAAGGUGCCCUGUUCUCUCUGUGCAAAAGUAUCCCCUGAAGCUCAUAGUUUGGGGUCAGUUCCCACAUGGGCACAUGUCCUCCUGGACUCUGGACUGCUGGCUUGUUUGGGGAUCACUUCUAGAACGGGUCUCUGGCAACCGUACCUCUUUCAGGUGUGGUUUCCUCACGACUGCUGGGGUUUUAAACUACCUAUUGUGGCCAUUCUUACUCUCCAAGCCAAGACCUGGAUGAGCCGUUCUGGCUGCCCCUUUCACCAUAAGGGCAACUGCACCAGAGUGCUCAGCUACUGCAUCUUCGUGCGGAGUCUAAAAUCUCGGAAGGGAUGGGAUUUGCUCAAGUUCCUUCCCCUAACAUUGCUUUCUGAGGCUCCAAAGAGGCAUCUUGGGAAAGGAUGGAGGGGCCAGUCUGCUGUUUUAGGGAAACUGGUCCAGGAGAUUCCAUAGAAGACAUGUUUUGAAAUGGUAUUUGGUCACUGAGAUAAAGUACAGGCAGAGUUGAUCUCCUGAACUACACUUUCUCUCUCCUCCUCCCACCCCUCCCCAGGGACCAGUGAGCAUGCACUUAUGGUCCAUGAGAACAUUUUUUAAAAAUCAAGAUUUUUCUUUGAACUGCAGGUUUGUAUGCUUUCUAGUUCCCAGGAAACUGUGCCUCUGAUGGCUGGCAGUCGUCCUUCAGCCUUUUGUCACUUCCCCAUGAGCCCCUAAUGGUCAGCUUCUUUGCUCACCCAAGAGUGUGGAAACGUUGCCACUGGUUUUCAUCCGUUUGGAAUCUAAAGCUAUAUAUGGGACACCUUCAGAAGUGCCCUAUGACCCACCCAGGUGUGGGCUUUCUGCCAGAUGGAAAUCAACAUUCCUUGCUUAGGAAUGCCAAAUUCUGCAACGGUGGUAUAAGAAAAAAAAAUCAUGUAAAUAUUACUUUGUUUGAUCUAGUAAAGCAAUCAAAUAGAUUUGAGAUAUAUUAAAUUGAGGAUGCACACACUCUACAUCAUUGGUAACCAUUCCUUUGACUUAUCCCUCUUGUGCUGUUACAAGUGGAGGGAGACAACUUGUGGAGAAGGGUGUGGGGGAGAGAUGAUAACGGGAGGGGGGACCUACUGGAAACUACCAGGGCCUUUGAACAGGGUGGAAGAGGAAUCACUUUGGCAACCUGAAGUGUGGUCCGUGCCUUUUGCCUUUUAAGAUAUCUGCUGCUAGGAGGGCUGCCAACUUGUGUUUUUGUGUUUUUUAAAAAAAUGAAUCUCUCAGGAGUCUUGAGUUCUAUGUAUGAAACUAGUUUUUGACAGCUGCUAUGCAGUUAGCCCUUCUCUGCACACACAGCAUUAGUUUGUGUUGCAGGCAGGGUGCGUGUGAAGAGAGACAAGUUGUACAAAUAUACACAAAGACUGGUUGAUUUGA